AUUGAGCAGAGCUUCCGGCAGAGCGGCCCUCAGCAGGACAGUAAGAAAAAAAUGGAUGAAGAGCCUGAAAGAACUAAGCGAUGGGAAGGAGGCUAUGAAAGAACAUGUAAUUAUUGCUUACAGGGAGAUUCUUAAAGAAGAUGAAUCAGGAUCACUUAAAGCUACAAUAGAAGACAUUCUCUUCAAAGCAAAGAGAAAAAGGGUAUUUGAGCACCAUGGACAAGUUCGACUUGGAAUGAUGCGCCAUCUUUAUGUGGUAGUAGAUGGAUCAAGAACAAUGGAAGACCAGGAUUUAAAGCCAAAUAGACUGACAUGUACUUUAAAGUUGUUGGAAUACUUCGUAGAGGAAUAUUUUGAUCAAAAUCCUAUUAGUCAGAUUGGAAUAAUUGUAACAAAGAGUAAAAGAGCUGAAAAACUGACUGAACUCUCAGGAAACCCAAGGAAACACAUAAUAUCUUUGAAGAAAGCUGUGGAUAUGACUUGCCAUGGAGAGCCAUCUCUUUAUAACUCCUUAAGCAUGGCUAUGCAGACUCUAAAACACAUGCCCGGACAUACAAGUAGAGAAGUCCUAAUCAUCUUUAGCAGUCUCACAACCUGUGAUCCAUCUAAUAUCUAUGAUCUAAUCAAGACCCUAAAGGCAGCUAAAAUUAGAGUGUCUGUUAUUGGAUUGUCUGCAGAGGUUCGGGUUUGCACUGUGCUUGCUCGUGAAACUGGUGGCACAUACCAUGUUAUUUUAGAUGAAAGCCAUUACAAAGAAUUGCUGACACAUCAUGUUAGUCCUCCGCCUGCCAGCUCAAGCUCUGAAUGCUCACUUAUUCGUAUGGGAUUUCCUCAGCAUACCAUUGCUUCUCUGUCUGAUCAAGAUGCAAAACCCUCUUUCAGUAUGGCGCAUCUGGAUAGCAACACUGAGCCAGGACUUACAUUAGGAGGCUAUUUCUGCCCACAGUGUCGGGCAAAGUACUGUGAGCUUCCUGUUGAAUGUAAAAUCUGUGGUCUUACUUUGGUGUCUGCUCCCCACUUGGCACGGUCUUACCAUCACUUAUUUCCUUUGGAUGCUUUUCAAGAUAUUCCCCUGGAAGAACAUAAUGGAGAAAGAUUUUGUUAUGCCUGUCAGGGGGAACUGAAAGACCAACAUGUCUAUGUUUGCACUGUGUGCCAAAAUGUUUUUUGUGUGGACUGUGAUAUUUUUGUUCAUGACUCUCUCCAUUGUUGUCCUGGCUGUAUUCAUAAGAUUCCAGCUCCUUCAGCUAUUUGAU